AUAUUGACCAAUGUUCUCGAUUUUAAGAAUAAGUGUGUUUGCUGCAUACUUUGCUGUCGCACUCGCCAUUGCCCCGAACAGCGUACAAAUAAACUUGGAAACAUCUAUACGAAUCGAACCAGACGAAAACAUACACCAUGUACUAGAAAACAUCACAAGCUUCAUAGACAAAAUAAAAUAUGCCAUUUUACCGACUGAUAAAGUUGAAAUCAAGCGGCGAUCUUCAGAAAUACCAAAAAAAUACUUCACUAGAUUUUUAUAUGAUGUCUUAAUAGUAAUAAGUAGAUUAAAAAACGUUAUGAUCGAGUGGUUUUUUAAAAGGCUUUACGAAGAGAUACAAUAUUACUUCAAGUUUAAAGGAUCAGCCUUUGCAGAGAUUGUUAAGAAUCCGAUCGUGAAACGUUAUCUAGAAGACAGUUUGAAGACUUGGUCGGAGACUGAGCCGUACGAAAUAAAAACAAACAUCAGAGAAUAUUUAAUAGCCAAAAAUAAAAAUAAAAUCAUCUCUAAGCUUGGUAACUACAUUGAUGAGUUUUAUGAUAAAAAAGAUGUUAAAAAAUUCAAAGAUACGAUUAAUAAAUUAAAGAACUGCAGACAAGAGAAAGACUUUGCUAAAGUCAUAAGAGAUGCUAUACACAAUUUGAUUAUUAAACAUUAUGACAGUUUAAAUUACAUUACAAGAACUAGAAUAACAGAAAAAUUUGACAAAUGGAGCGAAUUUGCGAUUAAAAGACGAUUCAAAGCUGAUAAUGUUGGUAACUCUACAGUUAAUGCUGCUAAUAUACAUAAUAUUUCAAACAUUACACAAACUAAAGUAACGGUACAUAAAUAUCUACACGAAAACACGAGGACAACUGCUGAUGAUGUGGUAAAUGAUAUUGAAUCAAUUAAAAAUAAAUAUGUCAUUAAAAAUAAUAAUAAUACUGCUUUGCGAGAAGAUAAUAUAAACAACAUAGUAGAAAAUACAACUGAGGAAACUAACAUAGUGAAAAGGUUUCAACUAAAACCUCGUACCAAUGAUAAUAUUAAUGGAACUGAAGGAAAUACAACUGUUCCACAAGAUAUUAACGAUUCUAACAUUACUAUUCUAAACAAUAUUACAGACACUGAGGUGCCACUUAAUAUUAGUGUAAACGCUAAAAAUGAAACAUCAAACACUACUGCACCCAAUAUGACUACAGAUAACACGACAGCUGUUCCAGAGAAAUUGAAUAUUACAACUGUACCAGAGAAUCUUAAUAUUACAACUGUACCAGAGAAUAAUAAUACAAUUGUCGAGAAUCUUAAUAAUACAACACAGAAUAUGGAGCAAAGCGUAAUGCCUGUUUUACAAGUGAAAGUGCAAAAUACCACAGACUUGAUACCAGUUCUGAGAGAAAUAACAAUACCUGGACACAUUUUAAAUAUAAACGCUGCGUCUAAACCUAGUGAUGUCCCAAAAGAUAUUCCUAGUGGAAAACCAAAAGAAAAGAUUACAAGUAAAACAGUGAAAGUCAAAACGAAGAGAAAAAUCGUGAUUCGGCGGAAGAAAACCACACGCUAUAGAUCGCCUAGUGAGAUACUGUUUCACAAGCACGAAGCGGAGAGAAAACGGCUCAAUAUGAUGGAUAUUGAGGAACGGUUGGAUGUGGAGGGCAUUGAUGGGAAAUGAAUGGGGGCAGUAUAGACGGUCACCAAAUCUUAGCACCGACAUAGAUUAAAUAUAAGAAAAUCAUACCAUCCCAUACAUUAAAAUGCGACCGCCUAAGAACACGCAUACACUAAUACAUAGAUGGCGCCACAAAAAAAAUGUCUUGUA